AUGAUUGGCUGUAUUGAGGUGAAGUGGGUCCACCUGACCAUGGAAUUUUUAAUCGUUCAGAAAUCCGACAUCAUACCUUCAUACAAGGAUUCUAAUCAAGACGAUUACAAGACCUACAAAGAAGGUCUUCUCCAGGGCGGCAAGAACCACCGCAUAGAGGAUCUUCCUCCCUUCGAGUUUAACGAGACAGCGGUUCUCGAGCGAGUCGAACCUCAAGAACCACAUCAAGAAGCACAAGCUCGACAGGGUCCCGGCCAAGGUUAA